GCUGCCCAGGCGACUUUCAAAUCUAUCAAAGCUCUCGUUCCUCUCCUUGACCGAGUGCUAGUGCAGAGGUUCAAGCCGGAGACAAAAACUGCUACUGGGAUCUUCUUGCCUACGUCGGCGACGACGAAUCCCCUGCCAGAGGCCACCGUGAUCGCUGUUGGCCCCGGUGCGCCGAAUAAGGAUGGUCAGAUUGUGCCUACACAGGUGAAGGCCGGAGACAGAGUACUUUUGCCUGGAUGGGGAGGCAACGCGAUCAAGGUUGGCGAAGAGGCGAGUCUUGAAUAUUUCUUGUUCAGGGAUUCGGAUAUCCUUGCUAAAAUCCAGGAGUGA